AUGCCGCUGCGUUCGGAAGCAGGCGCUGACGAGGCCAACUUUUGUCAUUUUGUAUGUGUGAUACAGCUCUUUCUCAAAGAGCGACCGGUCAAUGUCUUUGGGCUGCAAAAGAUGGAAGAUGUUUUUGAAUGCACUCGCAAUGCUCUGUUCUGGUGCUAUUGCCAUCUGGGACCUUUCAGAGCAGAUUUUGGGUGGCAAAUCGAGAUUGCGAUCGAUGUCAUGACCACCUUGCGCUAUGGAGACCCCAGUACUUAUCCUGAAUGCAGGAUUGUCGGAGGGCUGCCAGAUACGACUGAGGGGAUCAAAGUACCAUUGACUCGUUUCACGAAGUGGGACUUUUAUAUGGCCACCCUUUUCAUCAGCUAUCUGGAUGCUAUGACACUGGAUUACAAGAACUUCAGGUGGUCGACGUUUCGGGAGAACCUCUGGGAAGCAUUCAAUAAGGCCGUGCAGCACUCGGAGCUGGAUGAUGACUUGCGGAUCGGAAACUUUGGUGGAUCCUGGUGGGAAUUCGAAUUGAAAGAAGGAAAUACUUCGCCACCACCUCUGGCUGCUUCGGCCAGUGGCUGCUUCGGCCACAUGGCGCUGGAAAUGCGACGUUACGUCAAGAAGUAUCCAGCUCGGGCAGCAGAGCAGGUUGCGAUCGACGUUGGUGGGGUGCUGAGCAACAAACAGGUGGAGUACCAGGACGGACAGACUAUCUACCGGGCAGCCAUGCCUGGUGCAUACAUGUUCAUCCACAUGUUGAAGCACCGCACAGGCAGGUGGCCGAAGGUGGUGUCUCGAGUAAACCAGCCAGACAAGUGCCCCCACUGGGUGCACCGUUUUUGCGUGUCCCUGGGAAUGCCACAAGGCCAAGUGAAUUUGGUCAAGCACAUGGACGACAAGAAGUAUUUCACUGAAGGAAUGACUUGCGUCAUCGACGACCAAUGGCUGGCGUUAAAAAUGAUGGCCUGUGGAGGCCAGGAAACGUUGAUUGAUGCUAUUUGGUUUCAUGCAGACAAAAAGAAACUGCCACCAGGUCAGAGCUCUUUGGAUUCAUGGGUGGGCGGAAAGAUGACCAUCCUUGGCACUUUUGAGGAGUUGGUCCAACAUCUGCGGCUGCAGUGCCCGCCCCAAGUCCAACAAAUUUUUGCCGAAGGGCCUCCCAAUGGUCCGCACAAGCCAGAGUUGGUGCAACGGGCUUUGGCGCUUUUGGAGCCAAAAGAGGUCGGGGACACAGUCGUCCAAGCAGGUUCCUCCAAUCCACCAUCGUCCGGCUUGAUCUUGACAGAAAGACCUGAUCACAUUGAGAAACCGCUGGAUGACAAUGACGAGGAGGACCGCGCAGCAGAGAAAAUGAAGCAAAGGAGGGUCUUCAUCUCUGCAAAAGAUGAUGACUACGAGUACUACUCUGAGUAUGAAUAUUCCUCUGCAGAUGAUGAUGUUGCCAACGCAACCAACCUGGAUGUGGAUGCACUAGCCACAUAUGACGCAGACGUGGACAUGGAUCCUGGACCUUCGAAGGAACACCUGAUGAAGGUGCAUGAUGCUUUAGCCGUCAUUUACUCACAUGAGAUGUUCAAGGACAUCCUCACAGCGGAGCCUUUGUCCGUCAAAGAUGGCGGCAGAGAAGCAUCACUGGAUCUGCCUCAGGUUCCCAUCAACAGUGCACAGGUGCAACAAAUCAAGCAGCACUGGUUUCCUUCGAACGAGCCACCGUCGUUGUGCCCCUUUACCGUCACGGUUGCUCUGGAAACACCUGCUUGCAUCGGCAAGCGUCCGGACAAUGGAUUUCAGCGCCUCAGUCCUCCAGAGCCGGUGCAUGCCCUGCUGUUCGCCCUCGCCGAAGCCAUUGAAACCAAAGCCAAGGUUGGAGUCUUGCGCGCCUUGAAGAAUUGCAUUCUCACGGCCACCUUUGUUUUUGAAAUCUGUCCCAUUGGUGAACAGCGGUAUUGGCGCGCGGCCAAUAUUCGUGAGGAGAUGGUGGAGAAGGGGCUGUCCGUUCAGAUGAGCUUGAGGCAACGCAUAUAUGAGAUCGCAGGCUUUCAUGAGCAGAAGAAAAAAACUGAGGCCAACUUGGGUUCGAAAAAACUGGCUGGUCUUUACACCCAGCAUCUCAAAUUAGCCUCGAACCAAGAAAAAAUCUCAGAGAGUUUCAUCGAUUCAGCUUUGACCAUCCAUCGACGACUUCUCAGCCUCCCCAGAUGUCAAGAAGUGCUGGAGUGGUGCGACCAAAACUGGUUGUCCUCCAAUGCAUGGAAGUCAGUCUACGCCUUGCAGGCUUUGAUUGACAGAGCAGGGACGCCUGAGUUGAUUGCCUGGUCCCUGGAAGGAAUGGUGGACGGUGUCCGCAUGUCGUUCAUUGACGCGGGGUUUUUUGUAAUCAGCAAGCUGAAAGACUCAAGGCAAAGUUACAUCGAGGUCCUCAAGAUGAAGCGCAAGACUUUGAAUCAUUGCCUGAACCAGUGGUUGAAUACUUUGGAACUCAGCAAGGAAUGGAAAGAAAAGAUCCGCAACUUUUGUGGUUCCUUCGAUAAUGUGCGAAAACACCUGUCGCCAUACCCUGACACACAGGCUGAUACGGCCUGGUUACUGGGCUGCCCGCCAAGCGUCACUGAAAUUUGCGAUUUCCUGGAUGCCUUGGUGUAUGGAAGUCAGUAUGACCUGAGGUACAAGGACGCAAUAAAAAGCAAACGCGAAGUCCAAGAUUUUUUGAAUUACCCGUCGCUGAAGUCCACAAUGGAGAACAUCGAACAAAAAGUUCGCCAAGAGACGACGCCUGAAGCGACACAAGAACGGCCAGCAGAAAUAGUUGCUGCUGAAACAGAACCACAGCCUCAGGAAACUGAGGCUGCUUCGGCCUCUGAGGCUGCUGCGGCCUCUGAAUCAACGGCCCCGUCAUCCACUGCACUUUCUGAGGCAGAUAAAGCUUUGUGGCUUCAACACAUGCGCAAGGUCCUUGCCCAGCAUGUCCGCUUUGUAAGCGAUCAUCGCACAAAUGUGGACCUGGAAAAAGCCUUGAAAGAAACUCCUUUCAUGUCGCUACGCGGGGAUCCAACUGGCCUGGGCAUGUUUUUGUUUGAUCUGAAAAAAUAUGGCGAACCCACCACGCGGCCAGACUUGAGAACGGCAACAUUCCGGGAGCCCUUGUACACCAAGCUCGUCAAAAGUGUUCUUACAGCGCGGCAAGAGGUCAUAGGCCACAGCCACCCAAACCUGAUGGCAGGGGACGUGGCUGUGGUCUUUGACGCCGGCAAAAAAGGUCUUCGAAACAAAUUGAUGUCGCCCUGGAAAGAAGGAACGGCCAAAAGCAAAGAAAACGACGAAGAAGAUGAAGAAGAUGCAGAAGAAGACCAGGAAGAUGAGGACAAGCCAACCUUCUGCGCAGACACACUGAUGAUUGGAUACUCAGAAUCCUCUCUAGCAGCCAGAAAGAAGCGAGUCCGUGGAACCUGCACCUUGAAGCAAAUGGAGGGAUGUCACAUCUUCACAUCCAAAAAACUGUCCCUUCCCAGCCGUGACAGAAAGCACUUCGCAGGUUCUACCACAGGCGACUUGAUUGCCAAUGUGCACAUGCCCCCUUGGUCUUCUGAGUGGCACUUGCCUUGGAAAGAGAAAAAAGAACUUCUGGGGAAAAAACACCAGAUCCUGGUGGGUGGGAAAACGCACGACAAGGACGAUGGAGACAAGCAGAACAGCAGAUCCCGCAAUGGUUCAGAGCCGGUGUGCUACCACAGUCCUCCGUACGAGCUCUGUGAAGAGCUGAUUCAUGACUUUUUUGUGAAAAUGAUCAUUGAUCUGACACCGCUGGAUGCACGAAUGGCUUGGGCAGCUUUGCGCAACCGUGUGGGGUACGUAGGCAUAGCUUUCAACCCUGAACACCAGCGCCUUCUCGAAGAACGUUUGCUCACGUUGCUGGAAAAGGACAUGAAAGACCCUGAGUCACCUUUGUUUUCUGCAGCUUACGCUGAGGAGGAGGAGCAAGAGGAGGAGGAGGAACAGGAAAACGCUGAGAAUGUGGAGAAUGAGGACGAGGAAGAGGUGUGGGAUCCCUUGGCCGACGACGAGUGA